GCUGACUCUCCGCGGCGGGGACAGAGGCACCGGUCGGAUCGCGGAGCUGCGCGCAGAGCGGGUCCUGGCGCCCUCCCCGCACACAAAGGCCCGCGCGCGUCAGACGCCUGCGGGGGUCCCAGUGCUCUCCUGACUGCUUAGCGGCCGCGAGUUGUGAGGAUUCAGGAGGCGCCCUUUCUCUCUGCGCUCCAGGACAUGGAACCGCGCCGACACGGCGCUCGCUUGCCCGGGCCGCUGCCCGCUGUCCUGGAUCUAUAGUCAGGCGGCCCCUCUCGGGGAGCAGCACCCGCCACCUCACACCGACUCGUCUCUCCGUUGCGGGCCUUUGUCCCGGCCCAGUGCCCUCGCCGCGCCCGCCCUCCGCGGCUGGCCCGGCACCCUGGAGCCGCACGGGAGCCGGCUGUCCCAGCUGCGUCCGGCGCGGCGCCCCGGAGCCCCGAGUCCGCCGAGCCGCCGCGCCCCGCGCGUUCGACCCCACCCCGCGCGCUGAGGGCCCCGCAGGGUGAGCGCACCUGGCCUCGGCGACCGCGGGAGCGGCGCGGCGCGGCGCGGCGCGUCUGCCCCGGAGGAUUGGGGGUCGCGGCCCGCGGCCGGUCCCAUCGCGUCCCGGAGUGCGCAGAACUGGGAGCGGCUUGGCCAUGGCCAUGGCCCGGUCCAGGAGGGACUCCGUGUGGAAGUACUGUUGGGGACUUUUGAUGGUUUUGUGCAGAACUGCGAUCUCCAGAUCGAUAGUUUUAGAGCCUAUCUACUGGAAUUCCUCGAACUCCAAAUUUCUACCCGGACAAGGCCUGGUACUAUACCCACAGAUAGGAGACAAAUUGGAUAUUAUUUGCCCCAAAGUGGACUCUAAAACUGUUGGCCAGUAUGAAUAUUAUAAAGUUUAUAUGGUUGAUAAAGACCAAGCAGACAGAUGCACUAUUAAGAAGGAAAAUACCCCACUGCUCAACUGUGCCAGACCAGACCAAGAUGUGAAAUUCACCAUCAAGUUUCAAGAAUUCAGCCCUAACCUCUGGGGUCUAGAAUUUCAGAAGAACAAAGAUUACUACAUUAUAUCUACAUCAAAUGGGUCUUUGGAGGGCCUGGAUAACCAGGAGGGAGGGGUGUGCCUGACAAGAACCAUGAAGAUCCUCAUGAAAGUUGGACAAGAUGCAAGUUCUGCUGGAUCAACCAGGAAUCAUGAUCCAACAAGACGUCCAGAGCUAGAAGCUGGUACAAAUGGGAGAAGUUCAACAACAAGUCCCUUUGUGAAGCCAAAUCCAGGUUCUAGCACCGAUGGCAACAGCGCGGGGCAUUCCGGGAACAAUCUCCUGGGUUCUGAAGUGGCCUUAUUCGCAGGGAUUGCAUCAGGAUGUAUCAUCUUCAUCGUCAUCAUCAUCACUUUGGUGGUGCUGCUGCUCAAGUACCGCAGGAGACACCGUAAACACUCUCCACAGCACACAACCACGCUGUCUCUCAGCACACUGGCCACGCCCAAGCGGGGUGGCAACAACAAUGGCUCUGAGCCCAGUGACGUUAUCAUACCUUUAAGGACUGCAGACAGCGUCUUCUGCCCGCACUAUGAGAAGGUCAGCGGGGACUAUGGGCACCCGGUGUAUAUCGUGCAGGAGAUGCCCCCACAGAGUCCCGCCAACAUUUACUACAAGGUCUGAGGCCUGAGGCCUGUGCCUCCCAAGGGAACUCACGCCUUGUUGUUGGGCACGCAGGGACUGCCUGAGCCUGGCUGUGGGGGCAGGAUGCCUCCUGGAAGAGCCUGGAUCUGGACAGUUUUGUAGUCUGUAGCUUUUCGACCCUGGGGACCACAGACCCUCCCCGGAAGCUGGAAGACUGCUAGGAGAUCCCCACUUGGACUGCUGCGUUCCCACGCGGACCUCCAAGCCAUUCACCCAGCCACUCAGGCCAUUGCAGAGCCCGGGGAGGACACGGUAGGCUCUGGAUGGUGCAGCAGAAUCUUAGGAGAAGGUUGCUCACCAGGCCGGGCUCUGCCUCCACGUUUUCCUGCCGUGCACACUGGACUUAUCGGACCUCGGGUUCAGUAAGGUUUUCAAAGAUCUCUAGUGUUUAGUCCUCACUCACUCACUUCUUCUCUUGCUAGGGCUCUGCAGCACCUCCCCAGACUCCUCACUCCAUGUCCUGAAUCAUUACAGGAUGUUCACCACAGAGUCCCAGCUUCACCCUUUACACCAAGAUCAAAUUAGAUGGGUAUUAGGUACAGAACCCUGCUUAUCUGGAGGCUGAGUCAGCUGGGAAGCAUGGAGGCGUGGAGGAGUGAGAAAGUGCUGGCUGCCACCACAGGUCAAAACUGCUGCCCCUGGAGCAUAGUAGGGACACAAGAAGAAAACAAUAGAUAGUGCUUUGGUUUUUCUGAGAGGACAGAGACAGGUGGGAGAUGACUGUGGUGAGUGGUGGGGAGCUGCUCAAUACCACACAGCUAUGCAGCAGGGAAUCAAAGUCCCUCUCCUGCAGGGGAACAAAGGGGCCAUUGUUGUGAAAGGACCAGCUAGAGCACAGAGGGAGAGGGCAGGCCUCCAGUGAAGUGCUGGAGCAGGACUGUUGAGGUACUGGCAAUAAAAAGCGCAGCCGUGGAGCUGUGGGAGAGUCCGUCUGCUUUGGGAGAUGUUUUAAGCAGACUCAGCUGCUAUAUUACCACAUUUUAUUAAACACAGGGAAAGCAUUUAGGAGAAGAGCAGAGAGCCAAAUCUGACCUAGAAGUUGAAAAGCCAAAGGUCAAACAGGCUGUAAGUCCAUCACCACUAAGGUUAUUGGAGAAUUCUCAUUAGGAAAGGUAGGUCAGAUCCCCAGUCCCCAUAAGUGCCCCUUCCCCCUCCCUGAUUGAGCCUUACACUUUGGUUUUUGGUUUAUGGCCGUGCUGUCCGGGCUCCAAGGCUGUACCCGGGCUCCAUGUCAAAGCAAAGCACACAUGGCCCACCUCUUAGAAUCCUUAAGAUGGAAGUAAGUUAUGACGCGGAAGGGAAGGAGGAAGAUAGGAAGUAUUUAUAUUAGGUGUAUAGAACACAAGGGAUAUAAAAUGAAAGAUUUUUACUAAUAUAUAUUUUAAGAUUACACACAAUACACACCAGAAGAUGUGGAGUUCAUUGGAGGUGGUGAUUAAAGUGAUUUCCGUGCUUAGUGCUUCAAAAAGUGGAAGAUUGGAUAGCUACUCCCCAAAAGUACCAAUAACAAGAAAAGUAUCAAUAAUGAGAGCGAACAGCAAAAGUAACAAGGUCCUGCGGAAAUCUUGCAGAACCGUAGACCAGGAAUGCCAGCCAGCUCCCAAACACCAGGAAAUCUAUGUGACCACCCUGGGUUAGACAAUGACAAGAUGUGCUAGCCUUUAUUUUCCAUGUUGGGUUUUCCCUUGCCUUAUGGGCUGAAGUGUUCUCUAGAAUUUAGCAGGUCACACUGAGGGGGUUACAGUUGAAAGUUUAGCUGUGGGUCCCUCCUCCUCUCCUGCCUCUAUCCCUGCCCUUUCAGAAAAGAAUAAACAGGAAGCAGGAAGCCUUCCUUUUUUUUUUUUAAGUGCUAUGCAAAAUAGACAUCUUUAACAGAGUCCUGUUACUAUGGUAACAAUUUGCUUUCUGAAUUGGGAGGAAAAAAAAUAUUGUAACGACAGCAUUUGAAGGUUCUCAGACCUCCAGUGAGUACCUGCAAAAAUGAGUUGUCACAGAAAUUAUUCCCUACUUCCCAAACCUGAAAAUGAUGUUGGUUCGAUGUGUGUGUGUGUGUGUGAGUGGGUGUGUGUAUGAGUGGGUGUGUGGUACAUGUGUGUACAUAUAUGUAUAAUAUAUAUCUCCAAUAUAUAUUAUAUAUAUCUAUAUCAUAUUUCUGUGGAGAGUUGCCAUGGCAACCAACCACAGUACAUAUGUACUUCUUUCCAUCACCCCAACCUCUCCUGUGUAUUCAUACAAGAUUUUCUUGUAAGCCAUCAAAAGUUACUUCUAGGAAGGGGGAGAGGGACGAGGAGGGGAGACAUGGGAAACCGUCUGAUUUUAAUGAAAUCAAGUGUCUGUGUCAUCGGUUGGCUACAUUUUGGUUCUAUGCUAAACUGUGAAGGAUCAGAUGAAUUGAUGAAGAGUUGAGUUACCUGCAACCCAUUGAGAAGUGUCCUGUGCGUCUGUUUUGUGUCUGGUGCAGAAAAUGACAAUCUACCAACUGUCCCCUUACUUGGAGUUGGUUCAGCUUUGGAAAGUUACUGUAAAUGCCUUGCUUGUAUUAUCAUCCCUAGUCGCCUGACUUCGGAGCUUGCACCAUCAUGUUUUAAGUGAAGACGCUGUAAAUAGGUUCAGAUCUUACCGUCUAUGGAUUCGGGUGUUACAGUAGCCUUAUUCACCUUUUUAAUAAAAAUACACAUGAAAACAAGACAGUAAUGGCUUUUCUUACCCAGAUUGUGUACAUAGAGCAAUGUUGGUUUUUUAUAAAGUCUAAGCAAGAUGUUUUGUAUAAAAUCUGAAUUUUGCAAUGUAUUUAGCUACAGCUUGUUUAACGGCAGUGUCAUCCCCUUUGCACUGUAAUGAGGAAAAAAAAAAAGGUAUAAAAGGUUGCCAAAUUGCUGCAUAUUUGUGCCGUAAUUAUGUACCAUGAAUAUUUAUUUAAUUUCGUUGUCCAAUUUGUAAGUAACGCAGUAUUAUGCUUGAGUUAUAAAUAUUUUUUUCUUUGUUUUAUUUUAAUAGCCUGUCAUAGGUUUUUUUAAUCUGCUUUAGUUCCACAUGACAGUUAAGCCCCAGAAAUGAGAUCCGAGCAGUCACAUUCCACGUCUGUUUCAAAAUGAAUUUGUUCUUAAAAAAAUAAAAUAUUUUUUUCCUAUGGAAAAAGCGCCUUCAAA